AUGAGAUCACUUGUGUGCCUCGCGGUGCUGCAAUGCUCAUGCGCAUACAGAACCUACAGAAGUAAAAUUCCCAAUGGAGACGCCGUCCCGUACCCUUGUAAGCCAAAUAACGUGUGGGAGGGAGUGGGUCACAUUCUGGACGAAGGGACCGGGGUUCGAAACUGGUUCGGGUUGGAUUUUCAGGCCGCUGGACAUGCGUGGACUGCUGAGCUAUGCAGAAAAGAUUCAGACGGUGAUGGGAUGACCAAUGGUCAAGAGUUGGGCGAUCCUGACUGUACAUGGAAAGAGAACUCUAUUCCUAAAAGAACAACUGGAUUAUCUCACCCUGGCAUCUGUGACCCGUGGGACUCCCCGUCCUGCCUGGCUAAGCCCGUCACCCACCCGGUGUACAAGACCCAGGGGGACUGGAUGAGAGAGGAGUGUAAGGCCCAGGAGUUUGUUUGUGCUGCCAAAGAUGAACCAGGUGUAAGGAACUUCACCAUUCACCUGCCCAGCGGUUCUCACGUCCCACAGAAAGAGACCACCUACAUGUGCCAGAUCUACGACCUGGAGAGUUUGAUCACACCUGGGGAUUAUCACAUGAUCGCCGUAGAGCCUGUGAUUGACAACGUUUAUGUGCUACACCACAUGGUGUUGUUUGGGUGUACAGAUGAAGAAGAAGCGACCAACUCGUCCUUCGAGUGCGGCAUGGUGGCCUCCAGUAACUGCCAGGAUUUCCUCAGUGUUUGGACCGUGGGUCUGUCCGGGGACUGCAGCCACCCCAGUGCAGGGGUCAGGAUAGGGGUCAACGGGUACAAGAGGAUCGCCUUACAGGUCCACUGGAACAACCCGGACAAAAAUUCUAAUUGGACGGACAAUUCGGGGCUGAGGUUAUACUACACACCCAACAGGAGAACCUAUGACGCAGGCAUCCUGCUGACCGGCUCCAACAGCUUUGAGCUGCCCCCAAGACAGGCGUCUGUGAGCGUGAAAAGCACGUGCACGAAGGGCUGCACCAGCCAAUCGUUCCAGGGACCGAUUUACGUGACCACGGCCUGGAACCACAUGCACUACGCCGGAGUCCAGAUGAAUAUACAAGUGUUUAGGAAUAAUACAGCCUUGACUUUUCUAACCAAUGACCCGGUGUACAGUUACGAUAGUCCCCAAGUCUACUCGUACACCGACAACCCCGUCAUUCUCCUGCCAGGGGACGAAAUCGUGACCACCUGCACCUACACCACGGCCAAGCUAGACCACUCUGUUUUACAAGGGGAGGCAACAUCCGAGGAGAUGUGCUUCGGCUUUCUCAGUUACUACCCUAAAGAGAACGUAAACAAUCGGUUUUGUCUCACUGGAGGCCCUGAUUUCAGUUUCUGUGACCCGACACAGUGGGCAGAUCGAGACUGUCCGUACUGGUACUACUUUUACUCGGCGGACUUCCUCAAGUCCUCGGAGCUGUACCAGGGGCUAUUGGCCAACUGCAAGCCGUUCACGCCAUGUCUGCAGGAGUGUGUCCAGUUCAUCGUGCAGGCGACACAGUACAGUGCCUGUCUCCGGGGAGAUAACUUUGAGUUCAUAAAGAGAAACAUACUCAUCCUUACAGAAGAGGGCCGUAAUAUCAUGGCCCUGAUGGCCUCAUGCCCUGUGCAAGUCUAUCUGGCCACCAACUCAGCAACCGCCACCUCGACAACAUUCCCUCUUGCUACCGACCCAGAGAUCAACACCUUGACCACCACACCCACCGAUGAGGGUGGUAUGGACGCUGCUCAUCCCAUCAGUGCCGGAGGUCUGAUGGUCAUCUUGGUGCCUGCUCUGGUACUCCUGCUGGGAAUAAACUAAAAACUCUCAUGUCAUUUCCGGUCAUUUUUGGCCACCCGUAUUUUGUUUUAAGUGUUUAGGUUAGGUUCGACUAAUAGGGACCGAAACACUCCACUGGUUAGGCUUAAUUCAUUAUGAAAUUUACUUUUAGUAGUUAUAUUUUACUUUUUUUUUCCAAUAACUAAUAAAUAGUUUAUUUCGGUCACCAGUUCUAAUUGUUACUAGCGGGUGUAAAUAUUUUUUAAUUUUUUUUUGUUUUGUUUUUAAUGUUUUAUAGAUUAAAAGCUUUGAUAAACUUUUUAAUUAAAUGAGCACCUGUAUAUGAUCAUAAUUAACGAUUAGCUUCAGGACACACAUAUACAUGUGCUCCUGCUUGAUAUGAAUUUUUGCUGCACUUUAUAAAAAGUUACAAACUUAAUCUUCUCAAGAUUUCCAUUUCCAUUUUACAUUUUAAUUUAGAAACAAAAUAAAUCACAGUAUAAGGAUAGUUGGAAUCAUAAAUCACUAUGGAUUUGAAAUCAAUCGAAUAGAGUACGAUUUCGUGUACUUUUCUUUUUAAAACAAUGGAAAUAAUUUUUUUUAUAAACAAGAUUUUAAUAACAAGCUUUUAUUUAAUAACUAGACUACCCGUUAUCUAGUUAGAUAACUGUGGGUUUCGGGGGGUCAUCCAUAAAUGACAUCGCGUCUGCCAGCACUUAUUAUCCCAAAAUAACCAGACCCCACAUUCAAAAAGACGUUUUUUAUAUUUUAAAAACUCUACUAAACUCUACUUCACCUGCCCAGUGCCCCGCCAAGUCUCAGACAUGUUUGUAUUUUAAAAAAAAAAGAUUCCGGCCGAGCAUGGCUCUGACCACACUAUCCCUUCAUAUGCUGAGAACAUAGAAACAGGUGAACGCUACUUCACCUACCCUGUGCCCCGCGAGGUUCUGACAGUCAACCUUAUCAUUCACAUAUAGGCCUUAAGAAAAUAUAAUUGUAAACUUUGUUGUAAAAAAAAAGUCAUUGUUCUAAACUUUUAUAAUUAAUGUGGUUAAUCUACCAAUGAAUAUAUCAAUAAAUUAAUUAACGGCUUUAAAUUAGUUUGUACUUAACAGUGUGUUUAAGAAAGAACAAUAUUUACCACCCAAAAUCCUAUUUUAAAGCUCUACACAUAAUGCAGAUUCUCCCCAAUAACAAAUAAAAAACAAACAAACAAAAAAAAUGAGUUAUCAAACGUCACUAUUCAGUCAAAUUUUAGCCAUUGUUCUAAAACUUUAAAACUAAUGUGGUUAAUCUACCUAUGAAUAAAUCACUAAAUUAAUUAACGUCUUUAAAUAAAUGUGUGAUUAACAGUCUGUCUGCAAUCAAAAAUUAUUCUCUACCUACAUACUAUUUAACAGCCCCCAUAUAGAGCAGUUUCCUUACAGUAUCAAAUCAGACAAACAAAAUAAAUAAAUAUUCAAACAUGUAAACAAACUUGAGUUUUAGUAGUAUAUAGAUGCACUAAAAAGUAGAACAUAAAUUAUUUACUACUAUUUAAACAACUAAAGAAAAGCGUGGGUCAGUUAAUUAUCUAUUGGAUACCUUUACAAAUAUUUAGGAAGAGACCCAAGCUUUUCUUUAUAGUUAUUUAAAUGGUUGUGUAUAAUUUAUUUUCUUCUUUUUAGUGCACUAUUACAUAAAUGCUUGUUAUUAAAACGUUUUUAUGAAAACAUUUUUCAGUACUUUACAUGUUUUAUUUACACUAGAGUUACAUGACUAAAAACCAUUGCGCACCUAUUAAACGUGAUGACGCGUGUAUACUAGUGCGGAAUACGACUGCCUACUAAUUGGUCAACGUUUUAAUUAAUUCAUAAAAAUUUAAUUAGGCAGCCAAUUAAGUCAAAUUUAAUGUCAUGUUGCAUUGUCUUCAUGUCUUGACUCACGUGCCGUAUCUGGCAGUUAGAAGUGCUUGUAAUUUUGCUCGGCCGUUUCGAUCUAAACAGACGACAGACAGUCGACAGAGACAGUGAGUUAAAUAAAAUCUUGUAAUAAAAGC